UAGACCCAACAUGAGUGAUGUUCCCUGCAAAAAACGUGAUGACUAUUUGGAAUGGCCCGAGUACUUCAUGGCAGUGGCCUUCUUAUCAGCACAGAGAAGCAAAGAUCCAAAUUCCCAGGUUGGAGCCUGCAUCGUGAAUGCAGAAAACAAGAUCGUUGGGAUCGGGUACAAUGGAAUGCCAAAUGGGUGCAGUGAUGACCUGUUGCCGUGGAGGAGGACAGCAGCGAAUAAGCUGGAUACCAAAUACCCUUACGUGUGCCACGCUGAGCUCAAUGCCAUCAUGAACAAAAACUCGGCCGAUGUGAAGGGCUGUACCAUGUAUGUCGCCUUGUUCCCAUGUAAUGAAUGUGCUAAGCUCAUCAUCCAGGCAGGUAUAAAAGAAGUUAUUUUCAUGUCUGAUAAAUACCAUGAUAGUGAUGAGACAACGGCUGCGAGGCUCAUGUUCGAUAUGGCUGGGGUCACUUUCAGGAAAUUCACACCAAAUUGCAACAAGAUUGUCAUUGACUUUGAUUCAAUUAACAGCAGACCGAGUCAGAAGCCUCAGUGAGUUACAUCUCAUUAAAUCUCCAGAAGAUUGGGAUUAUCCUGUUCUAAGAAACUGCUAACGCCUUUCAUCUUGAAGUUACACACAACUUUUUAAUAGCCCGCGCAGCAGAAGUAGACAUCUAAAGAGUCUAAAGCCUCAAAUCUUCCUGACUGUCUCUCCUGUCACUUGGAAUCUGCAUCUGUUUAAAACUAUUGAUUUAGGGUUUAAAAUAAAGGAGCCUGGAGAUGGC